AGGCGCUGCCGCCUCGCCUCAUCCCGCCGCGGUGACGGAGCUUCUUUUUUCAGCCGCUUUCGCUUGCUCCCCCCCCCAACUCUCCGCCCCGGAGAGGCCGCGCUACCAACCCGCCCGAGAAAUUGGCUGGCCUCCCCGUUCCCCCUCCGUGGGGCUGAGGGGAGCUCCCUCCCUCCCUCCGGCCAAGUGCUGAGGGGCUGAGGGAAAGCGGAGCCCCCUUUCUCUCCCCCCACACCUUCCCCUCCCCGUCCCUUUUUUUCCACCGAAGGGAGAGACCUUCCUUCUCCGAAGCCCUUCCCAGGAGGGCAGAGGGAUCUCCCCCUGCCCUCACCGCCCUCAGGCCGGGCUCCCCUGCCCUUUGCUCCCGGUCUCCUGGGUGAGUCAGAGCCUCGCAGGUGGGGACAGGAGCUGGGGACAGAAGCUGGCUCCUACCUGGAAGGGGAAGGGGUGGUCGUUUGCCCUCCCUUUCCCGCUUGGUUUCUCCCCGCAGGUGGUGGGGCUGGAGCAGGGUGAAGUCCUCCUGCGAGCCCUUGGGCCUGUCAAACUCUCGCCAUGGCUGGUGGUGGGCUGGGGACCUCUCUCCUGCUGAUGGCCAGCAUCGUGGCGGCGGUGGGGCUGGGCAGGAGAUUGACCCGCCGCCGGCUGCGCUCCCGCCCGCUCCUUUACACUUUCUUUCUGGAGAUGUUGAGCACCUUCCAGAUCUGCGCCUGCACCAACGAGCUCAGCCUGCUGGGCAACACGGAGCCCAAGCCACACACCGGCCUGACACUCACCUACGGCUUCACCGUCCUGCACGGCCUGACUCUGCCCGGCAGCACAUGCAACCCCUGCGGCACCCUGCAGCCCAUGUGGGGCGGUGGGACGUCGGUCAAGAUGGGGGGACUCAAGAUCGGGGCUCAAUUCGUGGCAGCGGUGCUUGCCAGGGUGUUUAUGCACUUUCUCUGGAGCUUGGAGAUGGCCGAGCCACAUUUCGGAGCGCUCUCGCAGGGCUGCAGCAACCCCAUGCAGACUACAGAGAUGCAGGCAUUCUGCAUAGAACUGCUCUUUUCUGUUGUUUUCCAGCUGACCGUCCUGCGAGUGGAAACUAUUAAUCCCAAAUACAAAGUCCACUUGGUUGCUCUUCUCAUCACCUUGCUCGUCUACGCAGGUGGAAAUCUGACGGGAGCAAUAUUUAACCCAGCGUUGGCUUUUUCAUUACACCCAAAUUGUUUCUAUGACAAAUUUGGGAGUUAUUCACUAGUAUAUUGGAUAGCACCAUCCUUAGGUACAAUACUUGUGGCUUUUAUAUGGGACGAAAUCCUUCCUCGGAUAUCCUGAGACAUCAAAUUCUGAAAUCUAGCAGUACUACAUUAAAAUCCUUUCAAGAGCUGCAGCCAUGAAGCUUUCAGAAAACUGACAUUGAAUUCCACGUCACCUUUCAGUUGUACUUUCAGAUAAUUGUGUUUGAAAUAUUUGACUUAGAAGGUUGUCUUUGAAUCCUUAUUUUGUAAUAGCGUAUCAGGGAUUUUUGAGAAUAUCUGCCAACGUUUUCAGUUCAGCCAGAUUGAAUGUGAAGGACCGUUAGAACCUUGAAACUUUUGUCACUUUAGCCAUAAGUGCCAUUUGCUGACCUUGAUCCCAACAGCAUGCAAAAACUCAUUUCAGAGAAAACAAAGUUUGAUUUUAUUGGAUUUCUUCCCAUAGAAGGCACCUGCAAAAAAAAAGGAGCUGAAGAUUUCAUUCCUAUAAUGACCUCAUCAUGUUCCUACUUGUGAUUUACGUAUCUCAGAGAGGAUGAAAGGCUCCACGAGUCCCUAGAAGAGGCUCCACAGCUCUAUUCUAGAGGUACCCUACACCAUAAUUAAAAGUCUGUAGGACCAGCAUUGUUUUAAUUAUAACCGAGUGCAGGUAAGUAACCCCCUCGCUUCCUUUUGGGAAGGUUUUGCCCCAUCCUGUCCCACUACAGUCUGGUGAACGUUGGAAAGAGCAGUAAUAAAAUACCAUAAAUGAUGUAGACACACAGAAAAGGGCAUUUUAGGCAAAAAAAAAAAAAAAAAAAGAACAAUCUGAGAUUACUGCUGCCUCUACGCAGAGUAAAAUAGACACAGUAUAUAGGGAGGAAUCAUGUGGAAUUGCAUUUGUCCUUGAUUUUAUGUAACUCUUAUGGGAUAUUUUUCUUGAAAUAAAUGAAUUUGCAAUACAGGAGAAUAAAUAAAAGAGCUAAAACCACAGGAAAGCUCCGUACCCAAACUGGCACCAACAUGCCCUUCGGAGCCUCAGCUGAGGAGGACACCACCGAUAGGGACCAUCCUCUGAAGCUCCCUUUCUACUAUAAGGUUUCUCCUUCUGGAUGCAUCUUAAUUUGUAUAUAGGCCAAAAUGAAUUUUCCAAAUUUAAGACUAAAUUCAGAUUUUCUUUCUAUAGUUACUAAGUUUGAAAGGAGAGGUAAUUAAUAAGUUCUAUGGAGAUCCCAGUAGCGAGUCCCUCAACUCAUUUCCCUCAACUCAUUUCCCAAGUCCCCUCACAGACCAUAAUCUCCGAGGAAGGAGGGGGGAACCAGACAGGAUUGUGUUUUUUUUCACAGUAAAAUUAUGAACCAAGUCUUAAUCAGCUACUGUUGUCAGCCGUCUUUUUUUGCAAGAGUUGGGGAAGGAAAAUAUUUUCAUGUAAUUUCUUACUCGUUGCAAUAAAAUCUUUUUUCUCCUUUUAAUUUUCCGAGGUUAUCUUUA